CACUUGAGGCCGACGUCACCGAGCAGGAAUCUUCACGUUUCUACUAUUUCAGCCAUGUCUGGCUUUAAAGAUACCUUGAAAGGGGGUUGGCAUCCGAAGGGUAAAGAUGGCAAGUCCAAAGAAUCAUGGCGAGGCGACUUUAAAGGCAUCGAUCAAGUGGCAGGAUGGAUGGGCAAAAAGAAGAGUCCCGGUGAAGAGGCAUCCGACCACAUCUCACGACCACUACACACGCUGAAGGACCCUGCGGCUUUCGGACCACCUCCAAAGAACGUCAAGUAUCAUGGCGGUGCUGCUCUUCCGAAUCAAACCACACCGGAUACUGGUGGUUGGGGGGCACCCAUUCCCAAGGAAGAAUUAGAAGCGAAAGAGAGGGAAGAACAGGAAGCAGCAGAAAGAGAGGCUGAAGAGGCAGCGAAGCCAAAGCCUCCUCCGGUUCCCUAUCGAGCAAAUACCACAGGACUAACGACUUCUCAUCUCCCUCCUCCGCCAGGUCGCAAAGAUGGUGCAGAUGGCAGAACGCCUGCUGCGGACAAACCAAAGCCUCCGGGCCUCCCUCCACGAUUACCUCCAAGACAAAACUCGAAUACCUUAUCUUCUCCACCCCCAUCAUAUAGUUCUGCAAACGAAACCGAUGCACAUAAAGGAAUACUCAAUCAGGGGGCGUUGAACAGACUGGGAGCUGCCGGGGUAUCGGUACCAGGUUUUGGUAUUGGAGCAGCCAAAACGAAGCCAACUCUUCCUCCUCCCAGUACGACAUCUCCAUCGCGAAGCCCAGCACCGAAUGCUUCUCCAGUUCAGGCCUCACAACUCAAUGAACUCCAAUCCCGAUUUUCACGCCUUUCGUCUUCGACAGCACCAAAACCAGAAACCCAGAGUGAGGGCACAACAUGGGCCCAAAAGCAAGCCGCGCUUAAGACUGCGUCUUCCUUUAGGAACGAUCCAUCUUCAGUGUCAUUCAGUGAUGCUAGAGCUGCAGCCAGUACGGCUAACAACUUCCGAGAAAGACACGGAGAACAAGUGAAAUCUGGGUGGCAAUCCGCCAACAAACUAAACAACAAAUAUGGCAUUGCGGAUAAGGUGGGAGCUUAUGGCGGGGUAUCGAGUCCACAGACGCCAGAGCCGGAUAAUCAUCAGAUUGAAAUGCAUGACAAUACGAAUGAUACUGUAGUGGCAGCCGUGGCUGGGAAAAAAAAGCCACCCCCUCCUCCUGCGAAGAGAACUGAUUUGACGAAUGGCGGCUCCUCGAGUCCAGCGCCUCCGCCUGUACCAUUAUCAAGCAAGCCGAAGCCUCAAUUUCCAUGAACCCAAAGACCUAGAUCUAGACCUCCAAUCACUAUGGUUUGCACAAACACCAGCCAGAUUCCCACCAAAAACAAUUAAACCAAACGAGAUAACAUAUGCCGCUACAUCUGGCUGGUCAUUUUCAGGAGUCC